CGCAGGGAGUUUCGUCCGCCGCCGGUUUUCCGGCUGGCACUAAAAUGCAUCCACCUAUAAAUUCCCUAGAAUUAAACCCUACCAUUAGAUAAAGAACUGUAUAUAAAAAUUUAAAUGACCUUUAAAGUUCAAUGUCAAUUGUUGUUUAGUGAUUAAUCUAAUAGAUAAUUAUGUAGAGGAUAUUGUUUUUAGGUAAAUCUGUUAGCAGGUAGUAAAUAUAAACAAAAUGCCGGAUUGGUGGUGGCUGGUGAUGGCUGCUCUUUUCGGAGCAGUGUCGGCGCUUGCCGUGCCGAUAGCACUGUUCCUGUACUUUAUACGACCCUUUGAGAAGAAGACUCCCAUGGAGGAAGAUUUAAGCAUUCCCAUUACUUUACCACCUGAGAUCCUGAACGAAUUAACGCGCGGCGCGGGCAGUACUCCCGAAGGGGCUCUGAACGCAAUGCUCCAGUUCAUAUUUCAGCAAAGUACAGCGGAUACGCGAUGGUUGAGAAGGCGUAUGGCUAAUGAACUGGCUGAGUUACUGGCCAAAACUUCUUCUGGAAAGAUCUUCGAAUCGCUAACGUUGCGGUCUUUAGAAGUAGGUACAGAAUUUCCUAGCAUUUCAAACCUUCGCCUUGUAAGUGGGGAACUUGAAGAAGAUGGAGCUCGACUGCGUUCCUUGGACUUACGGCUCGAUUUAUCAUACGAUGGGAGUUUUAGAAUCGAAGUUGAUGCUGUUAUGCUCCUUGGAAAAAUAGCUAACAUAUCUAUCACAGUUGAGAGCAUCAGCGGCAACGUCCGAGUGAUGUUCCGUCGCACGCCCUACACGCACUGGGCACUUGCGUUUGAAACUCCCCCCAAAUUGGAGCUGCGUGUGCGAGGCCGCUUCCAAGGGAGACAGCUGAAGCCAAGACUCGCUGCACUUGUAGCAGCACAUAUACGACGAGCGGUUGCACAGAGACACACACUUCCUAAUUACAAAAUACGGUAUAAACCGUUCUUCCCGAAAUCUGAACCAGGGAGUACAGAAGGUGAAGAUGGACCGACUCCUCACGGACGGCUUACUGUAAGACUCGUGGAAGUAAGCAGAUUGUAUUGGUCUGGAAAUAAUGGGAUAGUUCGAGCAGCUCUAGCGGUGGAUUCUCAUGCUUGGGUAUCACUCCGCCGUGGCGUGCUAGUGCUAGACGUAGUGUUGCCAGCUGUAACGGGACCGCUCGGGCUCGUGUGUUGCCAGGGAGUGGGCGUGGUGCUGGUGGACACUGUGGUGCCCAUGUCACCGGCGUAUAGAGCUGAUCUGCGCCGAGAUGAUGUGGUACUGGCUAUAGAUAACAAGCCAGUUGCUAAUGUCGCUCAGGUUGGCAAACUGCUCAGAAGUGUGGAACGCCGUGCAGUAACAGUGCGAGUGAGACGCGGAGGAGCAGGUGGGACCGCCCGAAGAGAUGAUGAGCCAAAACGACUGCGCACUAACUUCUCUUUCCGAAGGGUCUCUGAGGUUAUGGAGGGGGUGCGAUUGCAGGGCAUGCGGUCUGCAGCUUCGAAGAACAAUAUACACGAAACAGAUUCACCAUCUAAAACGAUAGAACCCCAAAACGACAAUGACACACAAGGAAAACAGAAAAUCGAAAUAGCUCGUCAACUCACUAAAGUCACUGAUCAAAUAGGUCCCACGAACUUUGGCUUACGUAAACGUAGAUGUUCUGUAGAAAAUAAGUCUUCCGAUAGUUCAGCUGGGAGCACACCUCCUGCUUCUGGCGCAAGCACACCUUUGAGACAAGCCACGAUAACGAACAAAACUGUCAAACAUCCAGACAUUCCAAUCAUAAGGACAGAUUCUUCAGAAUGCAGAGUAUCAGAGAAGGAAGUGACUGUAGAUGAAGACGAACAAGCCUUUGAAACAGGAGGACCCAGACAGACCGAGCAUGUCGAAAUUUGCCAAAUGUUUUGGACUAAAAGUGUCCAGUUAAAACCUAUCAUACCCUUCGACGAAGAAACUGACUUUAAGCUAAAUGAGAAUCACAAAUAUCUUAACAUUAAUGUUUGGGUCACCGUACCUGGUGAAAAGGAAGAAGUACUGUUGGGAUAUUUGAAUAUUCCGCUAGCGGCGUUACUUUCAGAAUGUCAAGAUUCAACAGUUCCUCAUCAUUUGAAGCGAUAUCAAUUCUUACCACCCGAUGUUGAUAUAAAAUUUAGCAAAAGCCACAAGCUAGCGUCCCACGCGGGCUUCGAGCCCUGUCUAUGCUUCGGCGAUGCACUCGUGUGGUGGGAGUGGGAGGGGGGUGGGGCAGCUCGCAGCGCCCCCCGCGCACGUGUCCCCGCACCCCCCUCCCGCGCCACCCCUGUGCCAGCUGCGCACGACUUUGUGAGGACGCACUUCCACCGGUCCACACAGUGCGACUUCUGUAACAAGAAGAUCUGGCUGAAGGAUGCAAUGCAAUGUCGGAACUGCGGACUGUGUUGCCAUAAGAAAUGUGUUGCCAAGUGUCAAGAAUCCUCUCCAUGUGUGCCGAAAGAUCGAGAACCAUCAACGGGUUCAGGGUGCCAGCCACCAGAGCUCAUCAUGACUGAGGCUGAUGUCAUCGACCCUGACUCUGAUGAUGAUGAAAAAGCUGAACGAAAAGAUUCCCUUGAUGUCCACGAAGAAGUCGGUGGAGCAAUGAGUGCGCUGGUUGCAGGGCUCCGGCGCGCCGGCUCAGCACACUCCCUGUCCGCGCCCAAAGCCAAUGCCUCCUCGAGGUCGCUCCCACCCUCCCCGAGCCACACACCCAGGAGGCAGUCGCUGGAGGCGGCGAGCCCGUUCGGCGGCUGCGGCGCGACGUGGGCGGCGCGGGGCGGGGCGCGGGGCGGGGUGCGCGCGAUGCUGGCGCCGCUGCUGCGGAGCGCGCUGCCGCCCGACGCGCUGCUCGCGGCCGCAAGGGACUCCGCGCCCGACCUGGCCGCUAGCCUCUCCGCGGCGCAGAUACACGACAUGUUACAAGCAGUUCGUGAAGAGCUGUCAACCCUAGACGCAAGCGGUGAGGAGGGCGGGGAGGGCCGCGCAUGCGCGCUCACCGCGUUGAUGCUACACUGCUGCGCCGCUGCCCAACUCGCACAACAACGAGCCGCGGACUCCCUUACUUCUUAAUCUGGCCCAUCCACACGAUCUUGCAUGCACACAAUGCAUGAGCAUGAGACUAAUGACCCCGCAAACGUGUAGCUACACCUUUAUAGACUAUGGGGAAAUUGACUUGGUGUUAUGAAUUAUGAUGCAACUCUUUGCUUGUUGUCGCUAUGAUGACCCUUGUUUCGUGAGAGCGGGAAAUUGUUUUGUACAGAUAACGUAGACUCUGGCCUGCUCAUAAUACGAUACCAUUAAAUGCAUUGUUCAUUGUGA